GACUUACACAAUUGCGUAGCGCUGGAAGCCUUGAAAUCCCGCCACUCCUCCUCCUCCUCCUCCAUCGUCAUCCUCGUCUUCCAUGGCUUCCUAUGCCUUAAUCUCUAGCUCACCACGCUCAAUUCCACUACCCAUUCAGACUCCCUUUCAGUUUCGGCGUCGAAGUUUGAUUUUACGUGCUUCGUUAAGCUCUUCUUCGCCGUCGUCCCCCGAGUCCAAAGCACCAUCUCCAGUUGUUUCGGCGGCUACUUCUUCUUCUUCUUCGACGCCUUUUGUUGAAUCUAGGUCACCUGAAACGAACUUGAAUUACGCAAUCGCAAAUCCCAAUGGAAGCCCCUUUAUUCGGUUUCUUCGAUCUUCUGAGUCUUCCAUUGAAAGGAUUAUUUUUGACUUCCGUUUCUUGGCACUCUUUGCCGUUGGAGGCUCCUUGGCUGGUUCUUUAUUGUGCUUUCUAAAUGGCUGUGUAUAUAUUACUGAUGCAUACAAAGUAUAUUGGACAAGCUGUGUCAAAGGGAUUCACACUGGACAAAUGGUUUUACGGCUGGUUGAAGCAAUCGAUGUCUAUCUUGCUGGGACUGUUAUGUUGAUAUUUGGUAUGGGCUUAUAUGGAUUAUUUAUAAGCAAUGUACCUCCUGAUGCGCCACCUGCUGGUGAUCGUGCCCUUAAAGGGUCUUCUUUGUUUGGAAUGUUUGCCUUAAAGGAGAGACCUAAAUGGAUGAAAAUCAGCUCACUUGAUGAAUUGAAGACAAAGGUGGGGCACGUUAUUGUGAUGAUUCUACUGGUGAAAAUGUUUGAGAGAAGCAAGAUGGUAAAAAUACACACAGGAAUGGAUCUGCUAAGUUAUUCAAUCUGUAUUUUCCUAUCAUCUGCUUCUUUGUAUAUCCUCCAUCACUUGCAUAGGGAAGAAUAGGAUGUUGGACAUAUAUAGUAAAUAUUGUCAUUGUAUUACAUUUAGUUUAUACCUGCGACUGCAAAUAUAUGCCCGUCAUCUAAAAAUCACUCCUGGAACCAUUUAGAACGAUGGUCAAUGAUUAAUAUGACAUCCUGUCUCUGUUGCUGCA